UGGCCGAUCCCGGGGAAAUAGGACUGGACCAGCCCGUGGGCCGCCACAUUUUUUUAGUGUUCGUAAUUUUUUACAUAAUGAAGCCCUGGUAAGAAAACAUACCCAAAACCCCCUUCUCUCUCUUUCUAUGGCUCUGUGCGCAACUAUGGAGGCGGCGAACAUUUCGAAUUCGUGCAUUUCCACCUUCCUACCUUCUCAAUCCUCUCUCUUCUUUCUCUCUCAACCUUCAGUCCUUUCUUUAAAGAAUCAUCGUUUCAAGCACACUGUAAUUCUCGCUUCCAGAAAUGGUGAUUCUGUGGUUACUUUACUGGACUAUGGUGCUGGCAAUGUUAGAAGUGUUCGGAAUGCAAUCCGUUCUUUGGGAUUCGAAAUCAAAGACGUACAACAACCAGAAGACAUACUUGAAGCAGAUCGCCUCAUCUUUCCCGGUGUUGGGGCUUUUGCCGCUGCAAUGGAUGUGCUUACUGAGAGACGGAUGGCUGAACCACUCUGUACCUAUAUAAAGAACAACCGCCCUUUUCUUGGCAUUUGUCUUGGGCUGCAACUACUUUUUGAGUCUAGCGAGGAGAAUGGGCCAGUGAAAGGAUUAGGCAUUAUACCUGGUGUGGUUGGGCGUUUUGACUCGUCAAAUGGGCUCAGAGUACCCCAUAUAGGUUGGAAUGCUGUGCAAACCACUCAGGACUCAGAAAUUUUGGAAGAUAUUGGAGGGAGGCAUGUUUAUUUUGUUCACUCCUACCGUGCAAUGCCUUCGGAUGCCAACAAGGAAUGGAUCUCAUCAACUUGCACUUAUGGUGAUGAUUUUAUAGCUUCUAUUAGAAAGGGUAACGUGCAUGCAGUCCAGUUUCACCCAGAGAAGAGUGGUGAUGUCGGGCUUUCCAUAUUGAGAAGGUUCUUGGGUACAAAUACGUCUUAUGUAGGAGAGAAGCAGACUGAACAGAAAGCAUCAAAGCUUGCGAAGAGAGUAAUUGCUUGCCUUGAUGUACGAACAAAUGAUAGAGGAGACCUUGUUGUCACUAAAGGAGAUCAGUACGAUGUGAGAGAUCACACGAAGGAGCAUGAGGUGAGGAACCUUGGCAAGCCUGUUCAGCUGGCAGGGCAAUAUUAUGUGGAUGGUGCUGAUGAGGUCACUUUUCUUAACAUAACAGGCUUCCGUGACUUCCCUCUUGCUGAUUUGCCAAUGUUGAAGGUCUUACGUUAUACGUCUGAAAAUGUCUUUGUUCCACUAACGGUAGGUGGAGGUAUAAGGGACUUCACAGAUGCAAAUGGGAGGCAUUAUUCGAGUCUUGAAGUUGCAUCAGAAUAUUUCCGGUCCGGAGCAGAUAAGAUAUCCAUCGGAAGUGAUGCUGUUUAUACAGCUGAAGAAUACCGAAGAACGGGUGUAAAAAGUGGGAAAAGUAGCUUAGAACAGAUUUCUCGUGUUUAUGGAAACCAGGCUGUGGUCGUAAGUAUAGAUCCACGCAGAGUAUACCUAAAGAGUCCCAAUGAUGUCGAGUUCAAGACAAUCAGGGUGAUGAGUCCAGGCCCUAACGAAGAAGAAUAUGCAUGGUACCAAUGCACGGUCAAUGGUGGUAGGGAGGGCCGACCCAUUGGAGCAUAUGAGCUUGCAAAAGCUGUUGAAGAGCUGGGGGCAGGAGAAAUAUUGCUCAAUUGUAUAGAUUGUGAUGGUCAAGGACAUGGGUUUGAUACAGAUUUGAUCAAGCUGAUUUCAGAUGCAGUUAGUAUUCCUGUCAUUGCAAGCAGUGGGGCUGGUGCAGUUGAACACUUCUCAGAGGUCUUUCAGAAAACAAAUGCUUCAGCUGCUCUUGCUGCUGGCAUAUUUCACCGGAAGGAGGUUCCGAUUACAUCAGUUAAGAAGCAUUUGCUGGAUAGAGGUAUCGAAGUCAGAUUAUGAUGUUUCUUGAUAUAUUUAUCGAACUUGCAAAAGUAGCAGCUUCUUGACACAGAGUCUUUUUGCUUGUAAAAUGCGUAUAAACCAUUGAAUGGAUUGUUCGGAUGCUUACACUGUGUUGCGGGGAGAUCCCAGCUAUCAAAUUUUGAUGCUAAGUUGGUCGCCCUGAGUUUAAUUUGAACUAAUUUUGUGUUGAUAUUUGGAUGGAAAUUAUCUUCUUGAUGCUUU